GAAAAUCAGUGGAUUAUUGGUAGUUGACAGUUUCCAUGGCAACGUAUAAACAGACAACAUGGAGGUUCUACACUGGACUUGUAAUGAUGUUGCUGCAUGGAUCGAGUCUGUGGGAUUCCCACAUUAUAAAGCAUGUUUCACAGACAACAUGAUCACUGGAAGAAAACUCAUCUAUGUCAACUGCACCUACUUACCAAGACUGGGAGUCACUAAUUUUAAAGAUAUGCAGGUCAUCUCUGCAUGUGUGCGUGAGCUGCUAGGAAUCAGAGAAACCAGCUUGAGCCGCAGCAUUGCCGACCCCCCGCGGGAUUCCAUGAGUCUGUUCCUUGAGGAAAAGAGUCGCACAGGGGAACAGGUGGACAGCCUGACCUUCCAGGCCUUUAUGAGUGACAUGCGCCGUGACAGAAAAUAAAGAAAGUCAUAAAGAGCCUCAUAAAGUAAUAAAGGAAAAGAGUCAAAUCCAAGACAUGUCUGUGUCAUUUCCCAUCACCAACUGUCAGUUCAUGAAUUCUCCGAUGAGACACUCACAUAGGUCACAUGCAGACCUUGACAUUAACACUUCCCACAGGCUUGUGGGCAGCUUCCACCGUGGCUCAUGGAAUCAGUUCUGUCUACACAUAUUCUGUGAGUACAUACAGUUAAAGAUAAAAUUAUUAUCUAACAAUUGAGUUAUUUUUAAACUGCAGUUAAUUGUUGAAGCACUUUUUCUGUAUUCAGGGAAAUGAGAUUAUUUUGCUGUGCACACACAAAAAAAAUAACACUCGCAAAAAAUCACCAAGGUCAAUAAUUAACAUACUUAGAGACUGACCUAUUUGCUGAGAAAUAGCACAAAACAAUGAUGUGUUGAUGUAGCAAUGCUCCAGAUGGAUAAAUAAAAAGUUUAAACUA